AUUCCUGUCCCGCCGGGCCAGCCCCGCGCCCGCCGCAGCCAGCCCGCCGCGUACCGCCUGCUGCUCCGCGCACCGCCGUCCGCCAGCCAGGGAUGAACGCGUCCCAGGUUGCGGGAGAAGAGGCGCCGCAGAGCGGGCACUCGGUCAAGGUGGUCCUGGUGGGCGACGGGGGCUGCGGGAAGACGUCACUGAUGAUGGUCUUCGCCAAAGGGGCCUUCCCAGAGAGCUACAGUCCCACAGUGUUUGAGCGCUAUAAUGCCACUCUGCAGAUGAAGGGUAAACCUGUGCACCUCCAAAUCUGGGACACAGCCGGGCAAGAUGACUAUGACCGCCUCCGGCCCUUGUUCUAUCCUGAUGCCAAUGUCUUGCUCCUCUGCUUCGAUGUGACCAAUCCAAACAGCUUUGACAACGUCUCCAACCGGUGGUACCCAGAGGUGACACAUUUCUGCAAGGGAGUGCCCAUCAUUGUUGUGGGCUGCAAGAUAGACCUGCGUAAGGACAAGGUGCUGGUGAACAACCUGCGGAAGAAAAGACUGGAGCCCGUGACCUACCACAGGGUAGGGCCACGAUAUGGCAAGGUCUGUGGGAGCGGUGGCCUAUCUUGAGUGUUCAGCUCGGCUCCAUGACAACGUGGAAGCCGUCUUCCAGGAAGCAGCAGAAGUGGCUCUCAGCAGUCGCAGACAUAACUUUUGGCGGCGGAUUACUCAGAAUUGUUGCUUGGCCACCUGACUGGCUUGGAACCCACCUUGCCUUCCGGUUUACUCCGCUGCAGAAAGACCCAGAAGCAGAACUUGUACUCUGUUGACUGGGAUGGACCUAAUCCCUAGGCUGAGCUGGUAGAACCACACAUCCAUCCACAGAUGGGCUCCAAUGAGGCCUGGCCCCUGGACCGAGGAAUCCUGGAUUGAGGAAGAGGGUUCCCAGACCCUUAGCUCUGGAACCAUUAUAGACUCCUGUGCCCAAUCCUGGACCUGCGUCCUGAGCGGGGUCUGUGCGGUCUGUUUGGCGCCACCUUGUGGCUAUUCUAUUGAGUUAUAUCUACAGGACCUAGGGUUCCCAAGACCAUCUUGCCCGGGCUAAUACCCUGCCCCGUCCGUGAUCAUCCUAUUUAUCCCAUUGCUAAGUGUAACAACUAAAAUGGCAGCACUUGCUAUUAGUGUCCUGACUCUUCCUUCAAAGCAUCUUUACAUACUACUAGGUAGGAAAGAGCCCAUCCACCUAGACCCUAGGGUGGAACUGCUAGGACCAAACCUGACUUUAUCACUUUAAGACCUUGAGGAAGUUCUAGGCCUCAGCCUUUCAUCUGUAAAAUGGCCAAUCAGAAAUUACAUCAAGCAUGAAUAAAAGUCAUGAGGACUAACACAUUCAAAGAGCUUAGCAAGUGCCUUGCAUGAAAGGUACACACUCUCAUUUGUCUACCAUGUUAGUAGACUUCUCCAGAAACAGCACAGUGUCAGGCACACACACACGGAGAUAGUGCAGUAAUGCUUUCCAGGUGCCACCACAUAAACCAAACAACCUAAACUCAAUUCCCAGAACCCAUAUAAAAAGCAAGAUGCGAGGUUGGUGAGGUGGCUCAGCAGACAGGGGUUCUUGCCACGACGGCUUGAGUUCCUUGGGACCCAUAUGGUAGGAGAAAACUGACUCCCACAUUUGACCUCUGACUUCCAUGUAUACCUUGGUAUAAACCCACCCAACACAUACACAGUAGAACUGAAGUGUAACUUCACUUUUUUUUAAGCUAGAGGCUAGUGAUCAAAAGCAUUAGUGCACUAUCUCCGUGAGUCCUCACACGUGUGUGUGUGUGUGUGUGUGUGUGUGUGUGUGUGUGUGCGUGUGCGCGUGCCACUGGCUUGUCUUCUAAACGAUCUAGGUUUGGUUCCCAGCACACAUAGGAUAGCGCACAGUCACCUGUAGUUUCUGUUCUGUGGGACUCAAUGCCCUCUUCUGGCCUCCAUAGGCACCAGGCACAAAAAAAAAAACCCAAAAACAAAACCAGGCAAACAUACACACCAUAAAAUCAAGCCAGUGUUGGUGGUGCACACCUUUAAUCCCAGUACUUAGGAGGCAGAGGCAGGCAGAUUUCUGAGUUCGAGGCCAGCUCAGUCUACAGAGUGAAUUCCAGGACAGCCAGGGAUAGAGAAACCCUGUCUCAAAAAAAAAAAAAAAAAAAAAAAAAAAGGUGUCAGAGACAAGAAACUCUUCUAAUCUCUUGGAAGCUCAAAAGCCUUGAUACACACACCCCACAUAUGGAAACUACAGAAACAAGAGAGACCUGCCUCAACAAGGUGAAAAAAACUGAUUCCUGAAAGUUGUCUUCUGACCUCUACAUGUGCAAUGUGGGGUACACACACACACACACACACACACACACACACACACACACGGUUUCAUUAAGGAACCUGCUCAUAUGCUCAUACCCGUGUGGUUGUGGGGUCUGGCAGGCUGAUACUUGUAAUGCAAAUGAGUUGGUGUUGACAUCCAGCAUUUGAAUUUGCAGGGCUGUGGGCUGGAAACUCAGGGUUUUUGGACUGCUAAACUUGAGGCAGAAUUCUUCAGGAAGACAAGAGGCCCACACAUACUGAGUGCCACCUGCUUUAUUCAAAGACUAUCAAUUUAAAAUUCUUUUCUCACAUGUUUAUUUGUGAGGGCUGUGGGACAUGCCAUGACACACAUGUAGAAGUUAGUGGAAAAUCCUCAAGAGUCAGUUUUCUCCUUUCACUAUGUGAGUCCCAGAGAUCAAACUCAGGCUGUCAGGCUUGGUGGCAAGUGUCUUCAUCUACUGAAGGCACUGGCCUCCAAAGUCUAACAAUUUAAACAUAAUCACAUCUAUUUUUUUUAAUAGAAAUGAAUUUUGCUUUUAUUUUUUUAAUUUAAAAUUUUUGUUUUUGUUUGAAACAGGGUUUCUUUGUGUAGCCCUGGCUGCUCUGAAAUUCACUCUAUAGCUUACCUGGCUUUUAAUUUUAAUUAUUUUUAUGUGUAUGAGUGUUUUGCCUGCGUGCAUGUCUGUGUACCAUGUGCAUGAAGACUGUCAGAUCCCCUGAGACUGAAGUUACAGACGGUUGUGAGCUGCCGUGUGAGUGUUGGGAAUGAACCCAGGUCCUCUGGAAAAGCAGCCAGUGCUCUUAAUCACUGAGCCAACUUUCUACACUACACCUGUUUUGUUUUGUUUUGUUUUGUUUUAUUCUGUAUAUGCUUUUUAUCAAGUUAAUUGUUAACAUUGUGUGUAUGUGGGCGCAUGUUGCCAUGACAAAGCUGUGGAAGUUGGGGGUCAAUUUUGUGGAAUCAGUUUUCUCCUACUUUUAUGUGCAUUUUAGAGACCAAACUCGGAUCAUCAGACUUGUAA